CUCACAUCAGACAGCCAACGUCCCACAGCUUGCUAUAACAUGCUAUAGCCACCUGACAGCCAAUCAAAAUGAUGGCCUCGGUGGUUGUUGGGGGCAACCGGAAGAAGUCUCUCACGCUGAGAGGAGUCGACCCGGAGACCUGCAUGAUCGUGUUUAAGAACCACUGGGCACAGGUAGUGAGGAUCCUGGAGAAACACGAGCCGGGUCGUAGCGGCACUGGUGCGCUGAGUUUCCUCUCGGGUCAUGCCAGUAGCAGUGGCGGCGGCUCUGGAGCGUUGCGCCUCGGUCCCAUCCCGGCUGACGAAGCCAGCGCCGUCCAGAACUACGUGGAACACAUGCUCUUCCUGCUGAUGGAGGAAGAGGCAGGGCAAGGAGGAUCGAUGGGCCCUAUCCUGGAGUUUGUGGUUCUGGAGGGUGUGAUGGAGAGGCUGUUUCUGUGGAGCCUGAGGAGACAGUUUACUGAGGACAUGAAGCUGGAGCAGCUCAGGAUGUACCAGAUGCUUCUGUCUCAGGCCAGACAGCCUCUGCUGCACCAUAAACCCGUUCUACGACCGCUCAUGAUGCUGCUGGCCUCAUGUGCCGGAGCUGGAACUGACAGCGGUGGCGUGGUGGAGGCGGAGCUGGUCCUCCUGCUGAACCAGCUGUGUGUGGCUCUGGUCAAAGAUCCCUCGGUGCUGGAGCUGUUCUUCCACACCAGCGAGGACCAGGGAGCGGCCAACUUCCUCCUCUUCUCCCUGCUCAUACCGUAUACACACAGACAGGGUUCGGUCGGCCAGCAGGCCAGAGAUGCUCUGCUGCUCAUCAUGUCCCUGUCGGCCUCUGAGCCCCGAGUCGCCCAGCACAUCAGCGAGAACACAUACUUCUGUCCUGUGCUGGCCACGGGUCUGUCUGGUCUGUACUCGUCUCUUCCGGCCAGGCUGCAGGUUUACAGUGAGGACUGGCACUGCCUGGACCCGGCCGACUGGCAGCAGGUUCCAGCUCUCGUCCACUUCCUGCACUCACUGGACUUCUGUAGUGCUGUUACCAAGGUUGCUCAUCCCUCCAUCCGGUCUCAGUUGCUGGGUUACAUCUACAACGGCUUCUUGGUGCCUGUACUGGCUCCUGCUCUGCACAAGCUGACGGUGGAGGAGGUGAUGACCACAACAGCGUACCUGGAUCUGUUCCUUCGCUCCGUCACUGAGCCCGCCCUCCUCCAGACCUUCCUGUCCUUCAUCCUGCUGCACACGCAUGACAACGUGCACAUACUGGACACACUGGUCAGCAGGGUCAACACACCUUUUCAGUUGGGUACGGUGUCGCUGUCUCUGUUCAGGACUCUCAUUGGUCUGUUCUGUGAAGACGUCAUGCUGCAGCUGGUGUUCAGGUACCUGAUUCCCUGCGCCCACCUGAGCAGGAAGCAGCGCUCCUCCUUAAAGCAGAGAGACUGUUACUCCUCCAGCGCUGCCUCCUUCCUGCUCCUCAUGCCCUCCUGGUGCCCCGUGUACCUCCACAGCACAAACACACGCUCACACUCUGAGCACAUCCACUGGCCCAAAGGAGCAGAUCUGUCAGUAUCAGACAGUGUUGGUUACUGUCGAGGUUCAGACUUUCUGAUGGAUGUAAACUACCUCCACUACCUUUGGGACGCCCGCCAGGCCAUCUCCACAUCCCACAGGGCAUGUCUGCUCUGGUCAGCCCCGUACGAUGGGAUCAACCCUCCGCCUGAAGAAUACCGAUCUGACACACCAGGGGACAACAUUGAAGAUGAGGAAGAAAUUGUACAGCGAGUCAAGAGUGACUCCAUCUACUCUUUGGUCAUCACUCCUCCCCCCUUGGCCCUCUCCCCCACCCCGUCCUCCUUAGAUACCGUCUCUACGGGCAACCAGGCAGGAAGAGCCAGUUCUGCCCUGGAGCUGGAGUGGGAUGACAUUUUCGCAGAUGACGACCCCUCUUCAUCAGUGUUGAUAAAUGAGGGGCUAGCAAACGGCAGCAUGACUGUGGGUACAUCUACGCCAGCACCUCCUCCUCUACCUCCUCGACACAUUCAGGAAAUGCGACGCAGUGCGAUCAAGUUGGUGCGUGGUUCGUAUGUAGAGGAAUCUGAGUUUCAGGACGACAUCCUGGUCUACGAUCUCGUCGCCCAGAAAGACACAAAGGCAGCCAUUUUGGAGCGAAUCAUGGCAGCAAAUCGACGGGCAUGUGGAAGCAUCUCAAAUGGUCCACGAGUGUCGACGGCGGUGACGACUACAACAAUAACAGCAAUUAUAACCACAACAGGGAGGACUGUAAUGGAAACAGUUAACAGUAUUAUGUCAACAAGGAGGAGGAGCGAGGAUGGAGGGAAGGAGGAAAGAAGAAGGAGCGAAGAUUAUGGAAAGGAGUUGAGGAGGAGGAGUGAGGACUGUGGAAAGGAGACAGUGAGAGGGAAGGAGGAAGAAGAAGAUGAGAAAAACAGGAUAUAUGUACAAGGAGAGAUGAAGGGACAUCAAAUUUUCGUCAAUGGUUUUAAUGCAAAGAAUCACAUCAUCGACGAAUGUGAUGAUGCUAAUGAAGACUGCCAGUCAUACAAGAAAAGCUGCAACCCGAGUGACUUCACAACUAUUAUCAAUCACACACACACAGCACACCAACAUCAUAUACACCAUAAGACACAACAUCCCACACCGUGUUUAGUGACAAACGCUUUACCCAAUGGCCAUUAUGAAUCUGAGCCACAUUACACUUUGGUUUCUGCCAAGUCUCCAAGUCUGCCUGAUAACAAAGUCACUAGUAACGACGACUUCCUGUCUCAAUACCAUGACCUCAUGCUCUCUUUCGGGGUGGAGCCAUACUGUGAUGACAUCACAGACAACAUUGGUACAUUUAGGAGGCGGGUCCGAGCGCUGCGGCAAAAACUGGAAGAGGAGGAAGAGGGGCUCGGCGAAGGAUUCGUUUUUGGCUCCUCGUGGGAUGACAGAGAGGUGGAAGGAGAGGAGGAGGCAAUGGAAGAGGAAGAUGAGGAGGAUGAAGGAGAAGAGACGAGGAGCACCAGUAAGAAAGGCCGAAGGAGGCAUGGAGUUCCAUUUACAGGUCCAUUCAUCAGCGUCCUGCUGUCACGGCUCGAGAACCUUCUGGAAAACUCCAUCGCUGUAAACCUGCUGGUAACGGGCAUCCUGGCCCAGCUGGCGUCGUACCCACAACCUCUGCUAAGAUCCUUCCUGCUCAGCACAGACACAACACACUACCAGCCCGACGUACGCACACUGUAUCAGGUGUUGUUGUCUGUGCAAGCUCAGAUUGAGCGCUACGUGGCGGCCAGACCAGACUACCCAGCUCUGGUCACUCAGGCCUGGAGGUUCUUGUUGGCUAAAGACCAGGACAGCAAGUUCAGAGAGUGCCUCGAGUCUCAGGGCGGCGACCUCAUCCUGAACCCGUCUCUUCCUAAUGGCUCCGUGAGGACGGCUCUGGCUUUGCCUCCUCUCGGUGUCCUGCCGCCCUGCCCUCCGAUUCCCCCGCAAGCCAAGAGCCGGGUGUUCGCCAUCAUCCUGUACGCCGAGUUCCUCAAAGAGCUAGCCGCCGUCGCCCAGGAGCACAGCAUCGCACUGGGCUGUUCUGCCGAGGAGUAAUGGGACUGUUGGUGGUUUUUAACCGCAUAACUGUAAAAAUUUGCCUGAGAAAUUGAGAACUUAUCAAAGGAGCUGCCUAGUGGCCACCAGCAGAAGACUGAGGGCUUGUAAAAGUCCUAGAUGUACAAGCACAAAACAUGCAACAUAAAAGAUGUUACUCCUCAAGGAGUAAUACAACACCUCAGGACGAGCCCAAACCUACAGCCAGAGUCAUAAAGAACUGUCUUCAGAGACGAGAAGAACGAGGAGUCCUGCAGCCGGUGGUCUGGCCCCCCACCAAGCCCUGAUCUCAACAUCGAGGAGUCAGUCUGGGAUCACAUGAAGAGACAGGAGACACUGAGACAGACUGAAUCCACAGAAGAACUGAAGCAAGUUGUCCAAGAUGCUGGAAAAAAAAAAAAUUCAUGGAAUUAUUUUUGGAAGCUUCCUCACUUUACUUUAAGUGCCUACAACAUUACAUAGUACUGUAAUAAUAUUAGCUGACAUGGUGAUGUGACGUCUCCAUUGUUUCCGUCGUGAGCUAGUUCCUGUUUUGUAACGUGCACACACACAGACCGCAGAAACACAGUCCGGGCCCUCUGUCCCCUAUCAAAACUUUGAUUAUCUAAUCUUUUUCACCUGACCCAACGUUUGAAGAGGAAAGGAAGACAAAGACAGAUGGUGAUGAUGAUGGCGGUGAUCAAGGUUUACCUGCUGAUGUUGGUGCUCGGUGCUGCAGUCAUUUUAUCAUCUGGACAGGAUGAUGCUGAUUAUCAAUACAAUGGCAGUGGUGAAUUACCACAAUCAGAUGAAAACGGCCAGUCCUCUCUUUCCUUCUCAGUCAACACCCCCAGUGACUCCACUUCCUCCUCCUCCUCCUCCACAGCUAACCUCAACUCCUCCUGCCGGGUCUAUGUUCUCCUAGUUUCGUGCAUGUUAGCAUAUUAAAGAGCUUUUUAAUAUCA